AGGCAACAUGGUUGACGCUGCAGUCCUUGAAAAGCUGGAGGCUGGCUUCAAGAAGCUGCAGGCUUCUGACAGCAAGUCUCUGCUUAAGAAGUACCUUACCCAGGAGGUCUUCGAUGCCCUGAAGACCAAGAAGACCACUUUCAACUCCACCCUCCUGGACUGCAUCCAGUCUGGUCUGGAGAACCACGACUCUGGUGUUGGUAUCUAUGCUCCUGAUGCCGAGGCCUACUCAGUCUUCUCCGACCUGUUCGACCCCAUCAUUGAGGACUACCACGCAGGUUUCAAGAAGACCGACAAGCACCCCCCCAAGAACUGGGGUGAUGUUGAGACCCUCAGCGAUGUUGACCCUACCAACGAGUACGUUGUGUCCACCCGCGUUCGUUGCGGCCGUUCCAUGGAGGGCUACCCCUUCAACCCCUGCCUGACUGAGGCCCAGUAUGCUGAGAUGCAGGACAAGGUUUCCUCCACCCUGUCUGGCCUUGAGGGCGAGCUGAAGGGUACCUACUACCCCCUGAAGGGAAUGACCAAAGAGGUCCAGCAGAAGCUGAUCGACGACCACUUCUUGUUCAAGGAGGGUGACCGUUUCCUCCAGGCCGCUAACGCUUGUCGCUUCUGGCCCACCGGUCGUGGUAUCUACCACAAUGAGAACAAGACCUUCCUGGUCUGGUGCAAUGAGGAAGAUCACCUGCGUCUCAUCUCCAUGCAGAUGGGUGGCAACCUGAAGGAGGUCUAUGCUCGCCUUGUCAACGCCGUCAAUGACAUUGAGAAGCGCAUUCCCUUCUCCCACCACGACAGGUUGGGCUUCCUCACCUUCUGCCCCACCAACCUCGGCACCACUGUCCGUGCCUCUGUCCACAUCAAGCUUCCCAAGCUGGCCGCCAACAAGGCUAAGCUCGAGGAGGUCGCCGCUAAGUACAGCCUGCAGGUGCGUGGCACCCGAGGUGAGCACACCGAGGCCGAGGGUGGUGUUUACGACAUUUCAAACAAGAGGCGGAUGGGUCUCACCGAGUACGAUGCCGUCAAGGAGAUGCACGACGGUAUCAAGGAGCUCAUCAAGAUUGAGCGUGAAAUGUAAAUUGCUGUACAUCACCUUCUGUGCUCACCAUAGGCUUUGCCUAUGGUGGACCAGGUCACCAGAAAGCUCUAAAUUAUUACCAUCUCAUCUCUUCAGAAGAAAAAAACCUUUCCUUCUGAAGAUGAUUCACUGUAAAUGAUGCAUUGUACCUAACUAAAUACAGUCAACAUCUUUUCUUGUUUAAUUUUUUACUUAAUUUUAUCCUUUUUUCCCUGCUCAUAGUUCCAUGUGAUGACAUAAAAUUAUGUUCAUUUCUGUACGUACCCUCAAUUUUAAAAAAAUCCAAGACAAGAUUUGAACGAUGCAUUUCUUUAGAAAUAUUUAGAAUGUUUGGCUUUUUUUUUU